AUUCACGUUCUUCAUGACAUACGCAACGCAACCGAGUUUUCCGUCUAUUGUACGUUAACUUUACGGCUUCCAGAACACAUGGAGACGACUGUUUAGAUUGCUCCAAGUUAUUUGUAAAUAAUUUACUUCAAAACUAUUAAGUCUUUGCGUUUUUUAAAAACACAAGACACAAAUAUUUCUACUAUAAUUCGCCAAUUAUUUGGAAUCAAUGUUAUACUGUAAAAGUAGCUGUUUUUUCAAAAUUUUGGAAUGAGGUGAUAAAUACAAAUUAAUGGAGAUGGGCAGCUUUAUUAUAACUUAUGGUUACCUAAUUGACAAUGUACGGCCCUAGGAAGAAAGUAUGGUGGUUUGCAAUUACCUCUCGUAUAAUAAUAAUUUUUUUGCAAUUUGUUUUCAAUUUCUUAUGUUCUGACCACGAUGCUGAUGCCUUUUCUAGUCCUCGAAAUCCACGAGAGAAACAUUCUAUUUUCGAUAACGUAAUAACUUUUUUAUUUGAAGGGCUUACCAGGUGGGAUGCACAAUAUCUAAUUCACAUUGCUAAAUAUGGAUACACAUACGAAAAUACCUUAGCAUUUUUUCCACUUUACCCAAUGACAAUUAGAUGCAUAGCUAUGUUAGUAAGAAUAGUUUUCUUUGUUCUUAAUGAUCAUAGCGUAAUAGUCUUGACUGCCAUUGGCAUUAAUUUAAUAUUCUUCAUUAAAUCUGCAGUAAUUUUAUUUGAUCUCAGCUUGAAUGUUUUAAAAGAUGUUUCUUUAGCCUAUAAGGCAACAAUACUAUAUUGUUUAAAUCCAGCAAGUAUUUUUUUCUCGGCUGCAUAUUCUGAAUCAAUGUUUGCUUAUUUAACAUUUCGAAGUAUGUUAGCUAGUGUUGAAAAUAAUCCAUAUAUAUCUUUACCAUUAAGUCUGUCGACUUUAGUUCGUUCAAAUGGAUUAACUAAUUUAGGCUUUCCAGUUUAUAACUGGGUGAAAAGUAUGAUGAACACCGCUGUUCCUAAUUUUGUUUCCGAAUAUAAAUACUAUUCUUCAAAAUGGUCUAUAAUUUUUGACUUCAGACACAUUUACCUAAGUAUUUGCCAGAUUGUGACAGUUGUUUUGUUAUCAAUAGUUCCUUUCUGUCUUUUUCAAAUUUAUAAUUAUUCAAAGUUUUGCAUUCCUCAGGCAAACGUCACUGACUUGCCGCCCUAUAUUGUACAUUAUUCUAUAGAGAACAAUCUUGUUCUACCUGGAAGUAUUCAAUUACCGUGGUGUGACUUGGCAAUACCUAUAGCUUAUUCGUCUGUUCAGGAAAGGUACUGGAACGUUGGUUUUAUGAGGUAUUAUCAAAUAAAACAAAUUCCUCAAUUUCUUCUCGCCUUUCCUAUUUUGUACAUCAUGCUUAAAUUUAAUAUUAAAUUUUUAAAAGAACAUAGAAGAAAUUUAGUAAAUUUAAGUUUUUUUAAAACAAAAGAAAAAAAUGAAAACACUGUCAAAACUUUCUAUCCACUCUCAAUGUUUCCUUUUGUUAUACAUAGUUUAUUUUUAACAUGCUUUUGUAUUUUCAUUGUACAUAUUCAAAUUAGUACGCGUUUAUUAGCGUCUGCAAGUCCUGUGAUGUUUUGGUAUUGUGCAUUUGCCUUAUCUUACAAAAGUAAGAGCUCAGAGUUUGAUGAGUUAAAUAAUUUGCACUCGAAAUGGAAAGUGUUUCUUUUGACACAGAAAAAAUACUCUAAGUCAGAUAUAUUUAUUUUAAGCUAUUUUCUAAGUUACAUUGUAAUAGGUACAUUUAUGUUCUCAAAUUUUUUACCUUGGACGUAAUGUGAACAUAAAUUAAUGACUUAAACAUUUUAAUUAUAUUAUGUUAUUAAAUAAUAAAGUGUUAAUAAACUAAUAAAAAUGUUAAUAUAUAA